UUUGUUAAACUUUCCUACUCCACUAAUCUGCCAACACUGUUUUUCUAUCACUUUCUCUUCUGUCCCUCUCUAUAAAUUCCAUUACUACACCUCCAUCACCACUUUGGCCCUUUCCGUAGAGACCAAAACAACAAACAUCAUGGUAGGACAGUUGACAGCAACAAAACCAAGUCGAAGCGACGAGGUUUUAGAUUUCAAUGAGCAAAUCAGAAUCACAAAUCAAAUCAAAGCACAAUUCGACGCUUUAACUCCUAAACGACCCAUCAAACCCAACAGAAGCGAACCCGAAACUCAAAACACCGUCAACUCCUCCACUCUCUCUUCACACAACAUACCAGAGCUUGAAAAACUUCAAUCUCUUCAAUCUAACUCUCAGGUUUUUCCUUCUUCGCAUGGAGCAGUGGAUGGACAAGAUGAGUUUGUGGAAACUCAGUAUUACAAAGAGUUGUUGUCGAUUGACAAACAGCAUCAUGCGACAGGAAGCGGGUUUAUAAAAGUGGUUAGAGAAGGAAGUGGAAGUGGAUAUGAGAUUCAGUUACCUAUAAACCAUGAUGGUGAAACACAAAUUAGAGGCUAUAAAAGUAACCCUGCCACUAAUGACUGGGUUCCCAGCCUUGAUCAACAUCAUCGUCAGGAUUUCAUGUCGUUGAAGCCGAACAGGAGCGAGAGCACUUAGAUCUGUUUAUUGUGUUUGGUCGUUUGGUCACGUUGUGAUUUGGUGGGUGGGACUUGUAAGACAUACUCUAUGCUAUUAAUGUUACUAUAAUAAUAUGAAGGAGUUUCGUAUAGUGCUAUAAUUUUCUUGAUAUCACUGCAUUUUCAACGCCUAAAUUAUAUUUUUGAUCAAAUUUAGUUGAAGUAUGAACAAUGAAAUAGUUGUGUGCGUCAUUCAAGCAUAUUUUCGAGGAGGCAAAUAUACUGCUCUCUUUAUUUUAAUGUUAGCUAAAAAUAAGUGUAUCCAAAUGUAAUUGGAUCCCAUGGGAGUGGUUUGUAAUUAACUUUGUAAGAAUUAAUUUCAUUUCAAGUUUUUUUUGUUUGAA